GAGACAUCUCCAAGCUCCCUAGCAAUUUCGGACGCGUGAUUUUUCGACUACGAAUCUCCAGCUAGCCGAUAUUCUAGAACUCAUUUACAGAAGAUAAUCCUUUCUCCGCCCCCUCCCCAUUUUCUUGGAGGCGUCGGCUUCCACUCCGCCUCCCUCAAUUACCACCAGCACCACCGUCCGUGGCAGCGCUCGUCCCGUCUCCCUUCCUUCCAAUCGGCGGCACCGGCGACGGCAGCUUCUCCCCCUCUAGUCAGCAGCGGCCUGCUUCUCCUCUUCUCGUGUCGUUCCUCCAGGGCUGAAGAGGAAUACCCAAGAACAGGGACUUUCCUUUGUUCGCUUGUUUCAAUUUGAAUAGCAGAAAAUGGUUACAGGGUUGAUCAAUGCUAACCCCAUAGUUUAUGAAAGAAAAGCAAGACAGGUUCGAAGUGCACCAACCAACAUAGAUGAGUAUGCUGAUGAGCCUAUAGAUCAGCAAGAGAUCUUUGAUCAUAUCAGAGAUAUAAAGGACCCCGAACACCCAUAUUCAUUGGAAGAACUGAAAGUGGUUACAGAAGAUUCAAUUGAAGUUAAUGACAAGCAAAGUUAUGUUAGGGUCACUUUUACCCCAACAGUUGAGCAUUGCAGUAUGGCAACCGUUAUUGGACUUUGCCUACGUGUAAAACUUAUGCGAAGUCUUCCUUCUCGUUACAAGGUUGAUGUUAGGAUAGCCCCUGGAACACAUGCGACUGAAGCUGCUGUAAAUAAGCAGUUGAACGACAAGGAACGUGUAGCAGCAGCAUUGGAGAAUCCCAACCUGUCGGAAAUGGUUAAUGAGUGCUUAGCACCAACCUUUGCAUGAUGCGUGGUUGUGUUUAGAAUUGCAGGAAAUAGAUUAUUUAAUUUGUUUGCAUGGUUGUAUGCAGUAGACAUAUAUAUUGUCCUUGCAGUCGAACGAUUACUGUCAGUUCCCUCAGGUAAUGCUGGAUUAUACAUGGGUAAUUUUUGAGCUAUGUUAAUGUCAACCACAGGUAGAUCCAACUAUUUUUCUUGUUUGUGUCCUGCACACGUGAAUAAAUAAAUGAAACUUUUUUUGAAA